AUGAGGUUCGUUCCAUUCGUUGCGCUCGCUGCGCCUGUCCUUGCCCAGGUCGGUCCCAAGCCAAACCCAAACACAAAGCCCGGCAAGCCUCCAAAGCCUGACGACAAGCCUAAGAAGCUCGUCACUCCCAAGGAUCUGAUCAAGGACAUCAAACUUGAGGAUCUGCUCAAGGGCUCCCAAAAGCUCCAAGACAUUGCCGACGAAGCUGGCGGUAACCGUGCUUUUGGUGGCACAGGGCACAACGCGACCACCGAAUGGUUGUACCAGACUUUGUUGGCCACUGGUUACUAUGACGUGUACAAGCAGCCAUUCGUUGAGCUUUUCACCGCUGCUACGACCAAGUUCACUGCUGGUGGUGAAGAGAUUCCCGUCUCUUACAUGACCUUUGGCCCCUCUGGCGAUGCCACUGCCAACAUUGUCAAGGUUAACAACCUGGGAUGCGCCGCCGAAGACUACCCCGCUAGUGUUUCUGGCCAACACGCACUCGUCUCCCGAGGCACAUGUACUUUUGCCCAAAAGUCUACCCUGGCCAAGGCUGCUGGUGCUGUAGGCGCGCUCAUCUACAACAAUGAGCCAGAGCAGCCCCUCUCAGGUACUCUUGGAGGUGCAGGUGACUACGCUCCUACUGUCGGUAUGACCAAGGAGGCUGGAGAGUCUCUCAUUGCUAAGCUUGGAAACGGCACUACACUUGAGGGAACCCUCUUCAUCGAUGCCAUCCAGGAAAACCGCACCAACUACAACGUCAUUGCUGAGACAAAGGAGGGCGACCACAACAACGUUCUCAUGAUUGGUGGCCACACCGACUCCGUCUUCCAGGGUCCUGGUAUCAACGAUGACGGAUCUGGUACUAUUGGUACUCUGGUUACUGGUCUUGCUCUCACCAAGUACAAGAUCAAGAACGCCGUUCGUCUUGGUUUCUGGGGCGCCGAGGAGUUUGGCAAGCUUGGAUCCUUCUACUACAUGAAGACCAUCAACGGUACUUUCGGCGGCAGCACCGCAGAGGCUAACAAGAUCCGUGCCUACCUCAACUUCGACAUGAUUGCCUCGCCCAACUAUGUCCUCGGUAUCUACGAUGGUGAUGGCAGUGCAUUCAACUUUUCUGGCGCAGCCGGUUCCGACAAGAUCGAGAAGGACUUUGAAGAGUUUUACGAGGAGCGUGGCCUUCCUCACGUCCCCUCCCUCUUUACCCUCCGCUCCGACUACGCUGCCUUCCUCGAGAACGGUAUCCCCUCUGGCGGUCUCUUCACCGGUGCCGAAGUCCUCAAGACCGAGGAGGAGGCCCAGCUCUUCGGCGGUGAAGCCGGCAAGCCCCUCGACGGAUGCUACCACCAGGCCUGCGACGACAUCAACAACCUUGCCCACGACGCCUACCUCCUCAACACCCAGAGCAUUGCCAACUCCGUUGCCAAGUACGCCGUCUCUUUCGAGGGUAUCCCCAAGGCCAACGCUACUCUCCGCAAACGCGGUGCUGAGUCGGCAAGGUUCAUGAGCAGGUUCGACCACGGUGGCCAUGAGCACCUUGGUCAGCCUUGCGGUGCUGGAAAGCACGCUAUUUAAAUUUCAAUGUCUAUAAUGAUUUGCUGGGGUGAAAGGAAAUGAUGAGAUGAUACCAUGAGAGAAAUCUUUUGUAAAAGUAGAUGAAGAAUAAUACCCAUUUUUUUGUGUUC